ACUGUAUAAUUCAAAGAAUCCAAGGACUGAUAUUAAAUAUAAGGACAUGGAGCCCCCAAUUUCUAGAUACUUUAAAAGACAACGAACUUUCAAUUCAAAUACCGGUCUGGAAGGUUAAGCUACUUGGAUUUUGGCCUUCUCCGUUUGCUCUUCCUCCUCCUCUCCAUUUUCCGGUCAACCCUCUCGUCAAAAUCUCCUCUGCUCCAAAAGACAUCGAGGCGGAUCCUGGAAUUAGAAUUUAGAAAAGCAACAAUGAUCCAGGUUCUAUUCGCCCUGAUAUUCGCGGAGAUGGCGCUGAUCGUGCUGUUCAUUUUCAAGAACCCGCUAAGAAAGACGGUGAUAAUGGGCCUGGAUCGGAUCAAGCGCGGGAGUGGCCCAAUCGUCGUGCAGACGGUCGGGGGAACAGUAUUCGUGGUCAUGCUGGCGACCUUGUACAAUGCGGUGGCGAUCAAGAGGCGUCAGAUGCGAGAUGCUACCACCGAUUCUACGGAUCAGAUUCUCUGUGCUAGGCACCUUCUUGGAGCUUCUCUCAUGGGGUUCUCGCUAUUCCUCGUGCUGACCAUUGACAGACUGCACCAUUACAUCCGAGAACUGCGUAUAUGGAGGAAGAGCAUAGAAGCUUUGAAGAAACAAAACCAAGCUCUUGAGGAUGAGAAGCCUGCAGUUUCUAAGCAAAUCAAAGUCAUGGAAGAAGAGAAGGCCACAUUGCAGGAAAGGAUAAAGGAGCUUGAGACACAGCUCGAGGAAAAGAGUAAAGAGGCAAGCCGUGCCGGAGCCAGUGCAGUAGCUUUAAAGAAGCAGUCAGAUGGGUUUCUUAUCGAAUACGAACGGUUGCUUGAAGAAAACCAGAAGCUCCGCAGCCAGCUGCAGUCUCUUGAUAGGAAAUUCUCUUAUUCUGAUAUAAAGAAAUUUCUAUGAGGGGAACAUUACCACAUUACUCAUGUGGGGGUUCAUUUUUUCCUUUCCUUUGGUAUCCUAUUUUAGCUCAUUCUUUGAUUGUUUUACAACAUAGUAGUAGUUUCAUGGAUUACUAAUGUAUGAUCAUGAGGCAGUUAUAGUUAGCAAGUUAUGUUGUUGCUCUAUACCAAAUUGUAAUAUCAUAAGUUGGAGAAAUAUAUCAAGAAGUAGACUAUGUUGUGCCAC